AUGUCCGUGAGGAGCCCGGUGUCCCCACCCCCAGAGCUGGAUGGAGCGGGCACCAUGGUGAACUGCGCCGUCAAGACGGAGGAGAAGAAGGAGAGCGGCCCCGAAACCCCUCCGGGGGCGGCCCCCAGCACUGAGCCCCGGCCCCACGACCCCCCAGGGCCACCACAGAGGGAUGGCAGCGACCCCCAGGCCCUGCCACAGGAAUCCUGCUCUCCCUCCGGGGACGUUCCCGAGCCCCGGCGCUCCGCCUUCGAGCCGGCCGGGGGCGGCCAGGAGAAACUGGACUUCAACAGGAACCUGAAGGAAGUGAUGCCAACCAUCGAGAAGCUGCUGUCCAGUGACUGGAAGGAGCGGCUGCCGGGCAGGAACACGGCUGAAUCCAAGGAAGUGAAAGGAACCCAGGAGAGCCUGGCAGAGAAGGAGCUGCAGCUGCUGGUGAUGAUCAACCAGCUGUCCACGCUGCGGGACCAGCUGCUGACGGCGCACUCGGAGCAGAAGAACAUGGCCACCAUGCUCUUCGAGAAGCAGCAGCAGCAGAUGGAGCUGGCCCGGCAGCAGCAGGAGCAGAUCGCCAAGCAGCAGCAGCAGCUCAUCCAGCAGCAGCACAAGAUCAACCUCCUGCAGCAGCAGAUCCAGCAGGUCAACAUGCCCUACGUGAUGAUCCCUGCCUUCACCCCCGGCCACCAGCCCCUCCCGGUGACCCCCGAGUCCCAGCUGGCACUGCCCAUCCAGCCCAUCCCCUGCAAACCAGUGGAUUACCCGGUGCAGCUCCUGCACAGCCCCCCUCCUCCCACGCUGAAGAGACCCGCGGGCCCGGGCCACCUCCAGAUGCAGGAGACCUCGCAGCCGCUGAACCUGACGGCCAAACCCAAAGGUUCCGAGCUCCCCAGUGCCUCCAGUUCUCCCAGUUUGAAGAUGAGCGGCUGCCAGUCCCUGACACCGAGCCACGGGGCCGCCAGGGAGCUGCAGGCCAGCCCGUCCAACCUGCCCCUGGGGUUCCUGGGAGAGGGCGACGCCAUCACCAAAGCCAUCCACGACGCGCGGCAGCUGCUGCACGGCCACGGCGCCGCCAUGGAGGGGUCCCUGAGCAGCCCCUACCGCAAGGAGCCCGUCGGGAUGGACUCGUCCCCGGGGAAGGAGCGGAUGGAGGAGGCGCCCGGGCACCGGCUGGACGAGGCUCUGCUGAGCUGUGACGUGGACGGCUCCCGGCACUUCCCGGAGUCCAGGAACAACAACCACAUCAAGCGGCCCAUGAACGCCUUCAUGGUGUGGGCCAAGGACGAGCGCAGGAAGAUCCUGCAGGCGUUCCCAGACAUGCACAACUCCAGCAUCAGCAAGAUCCUGGGAUCCCGCUGGAAAUCCAUGUCCAACCAGGAGAAGCAGCCCUACUACGAGGAGCAGGCGCGGCUGAGCCGGCAGCACCUGGAGAAGUACCCGGAUUACAAGUACAAGCCCCGGCCCAAGCGCACCUGCAUCGUGGAGGGCAAGCGGCUGCGCGUGGGCGAGUACAAGGCGCUGAUGAGGAACCGGCGCCAGGACGCCAGGCAGGGAUAUUUGAUUGGGCCGCAGGGCAGCCAGGUGCCCCCCGGCUCCUCGGACGUGCUGUACCCACGGCCGGUGGGCGUCCAGCUGCCCCCGCCCCUGCUGGAGCAUUACCUGCCCCGCGGCGUGGACCCCACCAUGCCCGUCAUCGUCAACACCCGCAGCCUCAAGGACGGCGACGCCGGCGACGACGGGCACUCGGUGGCCGAGGGGGACGUGUACCGCUACAGCGAGGACGAGGACUCGGAGGGCGAGGACAAGAGCGACGGCGAGCUGGUGGUGCUGACGGACUGAGGGGGACAGGGACGGCGGGGCUGGCUGCCACAGGAGCCACUCGGCCCCGGGGGAGCUGCCCACCCGCACAGGGCUCCCACCAGGGUGGGCACCUGGGAUUUUGGGCGGCGAGGACUGGCUUGGUCUUGCUUUGGUGGCACGCGGAGCCGAGGCCGGCGAGCCUGGAGAUUUGGUGACACGGCUGCUGAGCUGUCACCCCUGAGGGGGUGCAGGGACCCUCCAGAGCAUCUCCCAGCCCUGCAGCACCUGCAGAGAGCCUCACCUGCUGGGCACGGACUGGGGACACGGGGUGGGGACACGCUCCUCCCUCCUCUAUCCCGGUGUGACCUCCCUGCCGCGCUUCCCGCUCGCUCUUUGGAGCCUGCCAGGAAUUCCCACCGAGCCAAUUUUAGCUCCAGCCUGGCCCCGGCUCCAGCCAAGGGCUCCUCGGGGCCCUUUGUGCUCCCGGCAGCUCUGGCCCACUUUGGGAAUAAAGCAGGGGCUGUUCCUGCCCUGCCAGCCCCCCUCGGGGGGGGGGGACGUGCCCGGCUGUCCCUGGGCACCUGGCCCUGAAGUUUGGGCUCCACCUGAGCCCUGCAGGGUGACAGGGAGGGAGCAAUAAUGGCCCUUAGGGGAAAAAAGGAAUUACUGGGAAAAAGUAGCUUGCUCUGGUUAGAGCCUGUUCUGGAGGGGUUGGGGUGAGGUGUGGCUGUGAGAGUCUCCAGGGGAGAGUUCGGGGUGUCCAGGUGUGUUUGUGCAGUGUCCAGCUGUGCACAGAGUGUCCAGAUGUGCGUGUGCAGUGUCCAGGUGUGCAUGUGUGGUGUCCAGGGAUGUGUGUGCAGUGUCCAGCCGUGCACAUACACUGUCCAGCUGUGCACACUCAAUGUCCAGCUGUGCACAUUCAAUGUCCAGCUGUGCACACACACUGUCCAGCUGUGCUCAGCCGCUCUCUCCCUGCCGUGUCCCUCUCAUUCCCUCCGUGCGCGGGGCUCCGGCACCUCCCUGUGGCAGCAGCCGGGAACGGGCUCCGCGCUGGGACACCGAGGGGACAGUGA